AUGUCAUCUAAUCCGUGUGAGGACUUGAGUUCCAGUCUGGUUCUUGCUGACAACAGUCCCCCCAGUCGUAUGGAUGUCAGACCCCAGUACGUCCACCACAUUGCCCAGCCUCUUCCUCCUGAAAUAUCCACCUCCAUUCCCAGAAAAAGUGCCAGAGAUAAAUGCAUUAAUGUGGUGACAAAAAGCCUAUGCUGCCUCUUCUUACUCCUGAUCGUCAUUGUCGUCCUGCUCGCUUACUACUUGUCAUCUCCUUGUGCUCAUGGGCUGCAGUGCGGAGAUGGCAGUUGCGUGUGGGACUCCCAGUGGUGUGAUGGGGUGGUAGACUGUCCGGGGGGCCAGGAUGAAGCUAACUGUGUGCGGGUGCAUGGGUCAGAUUUCCUCCUUCAGAUCUACAGCCCUCAGAGUCAGAGCUGGAGGUCGGUGUGCGCUCACGGCUGGACAGAUCUGCAGGGCGGAGCCAGCUGCCUGCAGAUGGGAUUCAGCAAGAGCACGUACUAUAAGUCAGAUCAGCAGAUAUCAAACAGCAGUGACGGAUUUCUGGUUGUGAAGGCUGAUAUUAAACCUGACACUUUCAUUGUAAAACAGCUUAUUCAGAGUGAUACCUGUCCCAACAACAGUGUGGUGACCUUGUAUUGUACAGACUGUGGCAUUGGUCUGAACUCCAGUGGCAGCAGACAGCAGGCGGCCCCCAGCUCGUGGCCCUGGCAGGUCAGUCUGCAGUUAGAAGGCACUCACCGCUGUGGAGGAGCACUCAUCUCCCCCUACUGGAUACUCACAGCAGCGCACUGUGUAAUCAGGGAGCCCUCCCCACAGAGCUGGCAGGUGUAUGCUGGAAUAGUGGGAGACUUAGACACUCUGUUCACCCCAGUGCACAGUGUGAGCUCCAUCCUCCCCCACCAGGACUAUGAUCCCAUCACACAGCAAAACGACAUCGCUCUCAUGAGGUUGGCUAAUCCUCUGGACAUGGCAGGUUCCAGUAAUAUUCGACCUAUAUGCCUCCCCACUGUGGGCCUAAGUUUUGCUGAUUCACACUCAUUCUGGAUAACGAAGUUUGGUUACAACUUAAAUGGCGAUAUACUGAGUCUAUUAGAAGGCCAGGUUUCCCUUGUGGACAGUGCAGAGUGCUCCUUUGACUACAAUGGCCUAGUGACAGAGCACAUGAUGUGUGCCAGUGAGAAGGACACUGCCACAGACCGCUGCCUGACGGACAGUGGUGGGCCCCUCAUGUCCUUGUUGGAUGGGAGAUGGUGGUUGCUAGGUGACAAUCUUUGGGGGAGACACUGCACUGAAGACUAUAAACCAGAUGUUUACGCCAACGUCACUUUCUACUUGGACUGGAUCUACUCUCAGAUGAAGAAACAUCAGAAUGACUAA